UCGCUGUCUUUUACCCAGGGUGGAGGAGAGGAGCAGACGCAUUGCGUGCUGCUGCACAGAUUUUCUAAGAAUGGUGGUGUUGCACGUGUUGUUCGAGCAUGCGGCCGGCUAUGCACUGUUCGCCGUCAAAGAGGUGGAGGAGAUCGGCAUGCUGCUGCCUCAGGUGGAGGAGAGCGUGCUCAGCAUCGGGAAGUUCAACAGCAUGGUCAGCCUGGCUGCCUUCUUUCCCUUCAAGUCGGCCCAGGCUGCUCUGGAGAACAUGAAUGCAAUUUCAGAAGGUGUGGUUCAUGCUGAUCUUAAGUUGUUCCUUGACACAAAUCUACCCCGUUCUGGAAAGAAGAAGGCAAUCUUGGGGGUUUCAGAUGCCAAGAUUGGAGCAGCUUUACAAGAAGAAUUUAGCAUUUCUAUCCAAACUAGUGGUGUUGUGGCUGAGAUCAUCAGAGGUGUGCGUCUCCACUUCCACUCUCUGGUGAAGGGGCUGACUGCUCAGGCUGCUUCUAAAGCUCAGCUGGGUCUCGGUCACAGCUACUCCAGAGCUAAGGUCAAGUUCAAUGUUAACAGAGCUGACAACAUGAUUAUUCAGUCCAUUGCUCUGUUGGAUCAACUGGACAAGGACAUCAAUACAUUUUCCAUGCGUGUCCGCGAGUGGUAUGGUUAUCACUUUCCAGAGCUGAUCAAGAUUGUGUCAGACAACUCAACGUACUGUCGCCUGGCCCAACUCAUUGGAAACAGGAAGGAGUUGUCAGAGGAGAGCCUUGAGAGCUUGGAGGAGGUGGUGAUGGACGCUGCCAAGGCUCAAGCCAUCUUGGAUGCAUCACGUUCCUCCAUGGGUAUGGACAUCUCUCCUAUCGAUCUAAUCAACAUUGAGAGGUUUUCAAACCGUGUAGUAUCCUUGGCGAACUAUCGACUGGAGCUGCAGGAAUACCUGCGAUCCAGGAUGAGUCAAGUGGCUCCAAACCUGGCUGCUUUAAUUGGAGAAGUGGUGGGAGCGCGUCUGAUCUCCCAUGCCGGCAGUCUGACCAACCUGGCCAAGUACCCGGCCUCCACUGUACAGAUCUUGGGAGCAGAGAAGGCCCUGUUCAGAGCCCUCAAGACUCGUGGCAACACUCCCAAGUACGGUCUGAUCUUCCACUCGACCUUCAUUGGACGUGCUGCUGCCAAGAACAAAGGUCGGAUCUCCAGAUAUCUGGCAAACAAGUGCACCAUCGCCUCACGUAUUGACUGUUUUUCCGAACUCCCCACAAGUGUCUUUGGUGACAAGCUGCGAGAGCAGGUGGAAGAGCGUUUGUCUUUCUAUGAAACUGGAGAGGUCCCACGGAAGAAUGUGGAUGUCAUGAAAGAGGCUGUGAAAGAGGCUGGUGACGCUACAGCUGAAUUAAAGAGGAAACUUGAGAAGAAGGAAAAGAAACGCAAGAAGCGUGAAAAGAAGUUGCUAGAACAAGCGAAUGGUGAAGAAAACGGUGAAGCUGAGAUGGAGAAUGGAGAAGCAGAUGCCACUGUUGUGAAGAAGAAAAAGAAGAAACAAGCAGCUGAUGAUGAGGUCCAAGAGGAGGCGCCUGCUGCAGAGAACGGAGCAGAAGAAACCCCAGGAAAGAAGAAAAAGAAGCGAAAGGCAGAAGCCGAGAUAGAGGCAGAACCCGCUGCAACAGAUAACGGAACUGAGGACACAGAAACUCCAGCCAAGAAGAAAAAGAAACGAAAGUCUGAGGCUGUUGAGGCAGAGCCAGAAGAAGAGGCCCCAGAACCUGUUGUGUCUGAGAAAAAGAAGAAAAAGAAGAAGAAAGAGGACUCUGAGUAGAGAAAACAUUCAGUUCUUUAUUGUGUACAGUUUAUUUUUAUGUUACUCUUUAAAACUAGAUAACGUACGCAGCUUUGUGUUGUAUCAUAUUUUGAAGCCUCCGAGCAGGUUUUACUGCAAAGAAAUGCUUUGUGCCUUGAAAUUUACCUCUGUAAAUAGUCACAAUUAAACAUUUUUAACAAAA